UGCCGUCCCCGCCUCCCAAGCAAUCGGCUCGCCGCGUCGCGCCGUCCUUCUUUCUCCUUCCUUUCCUUCUCGCUCCCCUUUUCCUUCCUUCCUUCCUUCCGCCGGGCGCGAUGGAGCCGGGGCGCCGGGCGGCCGCGGCGCUGCUGGCGCUGCUGUGCGCUGGCUGUGCGCUGCGCCCGGGACGCGCCCAGUACGAGCGCUACAGCUUCCGCAGCUUCCCGCGGGACGAGCUGAUGCCGCUCGAGUCGGCCUACCGGCACGCGCUGGACCAGUACAGCGGCGAGCACUGGGUCGAGAGCGUGGGCUACCUGGAGAUCAGCCUGCGGCUGCACCGCCUGCUGCGCGACAGCGAGGCCUUCUGCCACCGCAACUGCAGCACGGCGCCCCAGCCGGAGCCCGCCGCCCGCUUCGCGGGCCAUCCCGAGCUGCGCCUGUUCGGGGGCCUGUUGCGCCGCGCGCACUGCCUCAAGCGCUGCAAGCAGGGCCUGCCAGCCUUCCGCCAGUCCCAGCCCAGCCGCGAGGUGCUGGCGGACUUCCAGCGCCGCGAGCCCUACAAGUUCCUGCAGUUCGCCUACUUCAAGGCAAAUAAUCUCCCAAAAGCCAUCGCAGCUGCUCAUACGUUUCUGCUGAAGCAUCCGGAUGACGAAAUGAUGAAGAGAAACAUGGCUUAUUACAAGAGCUUGCCUGGUGCUGAGGACUACAUUAAAGACUUGGAAACCAAGUCGUAUGAGAGCCUGUUCAUCCGCGCAGUGCGGGCAUACAACGGCGAGAACUGGAGAACGUCCAUCACAGACAUGGAGCUGGCCCUUCCCGACUUCUUCAAAGCCUUUUACGAGUGUCUUGCGGCCUGCGAGGGUUCCAGGGAGAUCAAGGACUUCAAGGAUUUCUACCUUUCCGUGGCAGAUCAUUAUAUAGAAGUUUUGCAAUGCAAAAUCCAGUGUGAAGAGAACCUCACUCCAGUUAUAGGAGGCUAUCCGGUUGAGAAGUUUGUGGCUACCAUGUAUCACUAUUUGCAGUUUGCAUAUUAUAAGUUGAGUGACCUGAAGAACGCGGCCCCCUGUGCAGUGAGCUACCUGCUCUUUGACCCGAACGACAAGGUCAUGCAGCAGAACCUGGUGUAUUACCAGUACCAUCGGGACAAAUGGGGCCUGUCGGACGAGCAUUUCCAGCCCAGACCCGAAGCAGUUCAGUUCUUUAACGUGACUACACUCCAGAAGGAGCUGUAUGACUUUGCUAAGGAAAAUAUCAUGGAUGAUGAUGAGGGAGAGGUUGUGGAAUACGUGGAUGACCUCUUGGAAGUGGCGGAGACCAGCUAGUCCACAGCAACCAAAGACACUUCCUCUUGAUGUUCAGGAAACAUGGAUUCUCUGUCCUCCUUUCCCCAACAGCCCAGGUUGUUGAUACCUCAAAGCCUUCCCUUUACCGCAUAAACCGAAAGGGAAGCCCCCGUCUCUUUCACUACAUGUAACGAGGGGUGAGCGUGCCUUCCCCAUGUUCACACCUGUCUUCCCAUGUUCACACCUGUCUUCCUUAUCUUCACACCUGUCUUCCCCAUGUUCACACCUGUCUUCCCAUGUUCACACCUGUCUUCCUUAUCUUCACACCUGUCUUCCCCAUGUUCACACUUGUCUUCCCCAUGUUCACACCUGUCUUCCCCCUGUUCACGCCUGCCUUCCUCAUGUUCAUACCUGCCUUCCUUAUGUUCAUACUUGCCUUUCUCACCAUUUCGGUUUCAAGGACAGUCUUCCAUAGUUUGUUUUUUUCUCAGAAAAUCAGUAUUAUUUUUUAAAUAAGAAAAACAUUUCUAAAAGGUAAUAAUUGUGAAAACCUACUCUGGCCUCUCUGCUCUUCCAGAUUUUAGUCUCCUUUCUCCCCACCUAGGAAAGAUGGUGGAAGACAAAGGCUGUACUUCUCCAAGCUUCAUUAUGGUCUUCAUUUGGUCUGAACUGUACUAAUUCUAGCACCCAUUGAAAAACAAGUUGGGUAAAUGGUGUAGAGUAUGGAAAUGUGGCUUUUGCCCAACAAUUUUGCAUCUCCAAAAUCUUACAAUGGUUGGCCAAUCCUGUUUGAGGACAAUUGUUAAGUUGUAAGUCUCGGUGUUGGAAAUGGAAGAAGGACAGAGGCUGUCUAGUUUCAUGCAUUCUUUUAGUACAUAUUUAUUGAGUAACUACUAUGUGCUAGGCAUUGACCUGAGUACAAAAGAUAUUUCACAGAAUAACAGGAAAAAUCAUCCCUGCUCUCACAGAGCUUACAUUCUACAGACAACCAAUUUAACAGGAAUAAAUGUAUACAAGGUAUCAGUUGGUGAUGAUUGCUAUACAGAAAAAUAAAGCAAGGAAGGGGGUAAGGAAUCCUGGGAACUGCAGUUCCACAUAGGUGUUCAGGGAAGGCCUCACUGGGAAGGUGGCAUUAGAACAGAGAUCUAAGGGCAGCAGCAGGUCUCGGGAGCGGGAUGUGUGGUACCCUGAAGCGAGAACCGCUUGGUGUGGUCAGGGAACAGCGUGGCCAGGCCGAGGAGUGGGCGAGGGGAGAGUGGCAGGAGGGAAGGCUGCAGAGGUGUGAGUGUGGGGGUGGGGAAGAGGACAGAUGGCAGAGCACCUAGACUUGGCUUCUGCUGGGUGAGGUGGGAACUUCAGGAGGGUUUGAGAAGAGGAGCGCCUUGACCGAUUUAUGUUUCGCAAGGGCCAUUCUAGCAGCCGUAUUUUGCAAAACCUGAGAAUGGGCAAGGGUGGGAGGAAGCAGGCAGAUUCGUUAGGAGGCCACUGCAAGAUUCCAGGCUUGGACCUGGGUCACUGCAGCAGCAGUGGUGAGAAGUAGUCAAAUUCUAGAUUUAUUUUGAAAGCGGAGCCAAUAGGAUUUGCUGACAGGUUGGAUGUGGAGUGUAAGAGAAAGAGAUGAGUUAAUGAUGACAUCAAGGCUUUUGGCCAGAAGAACGGGAAGGAUGGAAUUACCAUUUACCGAAAUGGGGAAGCCGGGAUGGGUGGGUGAGUAAGGAAGGUGGUGCAAAGCAGACUGUCUGCGGUCGGACGGGAGGUUUUCAGGCUGCAAAGAAAAGUGGAGAGUUUGCCCUGGUCCCGGCCCCAGCACAACCUGAGGCAGGGAUCUGCAUGCCUUCGGUGUAUUGUGAGGGUGCUCCCAGGACUGACUGUGAAAGCCUCUGCCAGUCAGUUAUUGGCUGUGGGAAGUCCCCUGGAGGUGGGGACCUUUGAAGGCCGGUGGAUGAGUUGAAGGCAGUUCGCAGCCAGCCUGCAGAGCAGUGGGGCGGGCGGGUCCUGGGACCGGCUCCGCGGCGCCCCCUGCUGGUCGCCAGCGUGCCGGCGGCAUUUACAGCGGUGAGGCCGAGCCGGGCCACCUGGAUCGUGUGGAUACAGUGAGAAGCCGGUGAAAAGAGCCAACGACAGAGUCCUGGGGCUCUCUGGGAAAUGAGAAAUCAGCCACAGAGGCGGAGAGGUCAGAGGAAACCAGGAGAGUGUGGUGGUCUGGAAGCUGAGCUUUCCUUAUUCAGCCUUAUUCCCGCCUCCAAGUAAACCCCGUGUCUGGCUGGGACGCGCCUGCAGUGGAGGUGGGAGAGGACUCUGGCGCGGCACUGGGGAGACGGGACGUUUCCCACAAUGGCCUGGAAAGAAUAAAAGCAGAUAGUAUUUU